AUGGCCGACGUGCGUGCAUGCUUUGGCGAGCAUGUCUUCAAAGACGAUUUUAUCACGAAAAAGCACGAAGAGUAUAAUCAAAGUGGUCCUUACCACCAUUCGGUCAUCAACGACCUUGUCAGCGAGGAUCUGCUGCGCGGUGCUAGAGACGAGAUCAUCGAGGAAUUGCAUUUUACAGAGAAGGAAACAGAUAUCUACAAGGUGAAUCAAACAGGUGACCUUGCGAACCUCGAUGGUCUAGGCGAAGAGGAAGCGAAUCGACUCAAGUCCCUCAUGAAAUUGCGCAAUGCUAUGUAUUCGGACGAAUUCCGUGGGUGGCUGCGCCGCGUGACGGGGUGUGGUCCUUUGAGUGCUAAAAAGAAGGACAUGAGCAUUAAUGACUACCGCCAUGGAUGCCACCUGCUAAACCACGAUGACGUUAUUUCUACGCGCCGCAUCUCGUUCAUUUUGUAUUUGCCUGACCCUGCCGAGCCGUGGCAGCCAGAGUGGGGCGGCUCGUUUGAAAUGUACCCUGUGAAAGAAAAGCAUGUGCCAGAUGACUUACCAUCAAACAUUGUACCGAUCAAAUGGAAUCAGUUCAAUUUCUUUGUCGUGCAGCCCGGUCACUCAUUCCACAGCGUUGAGGAGGUCGUGCAUCCAACGCAGUCUCGACUAAGUAUCUCUGGCUGGUUCCAUCGCCUUCAGCCAGAUGAGCCAGGUUUUUCUCAAGAAGAGGAGGAUCGAGAGCUGCAGGCAGAAAAAGAGUUUAGCUCAGUCGGCAGUCUGAUUUCCAAAAAGUUUAUGGACGCAUUUGUCGAGUACGAUGAGGCUACGUACGGCGGCCCAUCCUUGCCCGGCUCACGCAUGUCGACAGAGCACCUCAAGUUCCUUGCCCACUUUAUUAAUCCGGCGUACCUGACCACCAAGAUCCAGUCGACGCUCUUUGAAAAGUUCGGUGAAGAUUCGCAUCUGCUUCUCUCGGACUUUUUGCGGCAAGAUGUAGCAGACACGCUUGAACGCGUUUUGAGGGCUAAGGAUGAAGAAGACGGCCUCGUAUGGUGGCAUGGAAAGCAGGAACGGGUAGGCUUCGACUCAGUGCGAAUCCAGCACCAUGGUGUGGGCACAAACCGUGCAUUGCAACCGAGUGACGAAGACCGACGGUGGGUUCUUGCUGGUCCUCCGCACCGUGAGCGCUUUGCGACACUUGAUUCAGCUUGCACGCCAUCUACGGCGCCAGCGAUCGAUUAUGCUCAAACGCAGUCGCCAUUGGUGUCUGUGCCUUCGAGCGCUGCUGACCUUUUGCAUGUUCUAACGCACCAGCUCUUCCCCUCGGCGGCUUUCCGCCACUUUGUGUCCAAUAUUACCCAGCUUAUUCCCAUGGCCGCACGACCGAUUCGUGCUCGCCGUUUCCGCCCUGGUCUCGAUUAUACGCUGGCGCGCUCUGAUGACGAGACGGUGCUUGAUCUGACGCUGACGCUCACUCCUGAUGUAGUCGGCAGUGCCAAGAAGGUCCUCAAACACACGGCUCGGCCCAAGGGUCUUGCAAGCAAGCACAAAGAAACUGUAUCGCAGGGUGUCCUGAGCAAGAAGGAUGUUGAGAAGCUCGAGGGCAUGUGGGAUCGUGGCGACAUAGGCGGCUGGGAGUGCUACUUGGCGCCGCAUGAAGGCGAGGAAGAUCCGGCUGUCUACCAAAGUGCCGAGUCACGGCGUGCGCAGCGUGCAAAAGAAGAGGAACAGCAGGAGCCAGUUGAAGAAAAUGAUCAGGAGGAUGAGGACUUCGAGGAUAUGGACGAGGACGAGGAUGACGAUUUCGAUGGUGUGCUGCUUAAUGUGACGCCGUCGUACAAUACUCUCAACGUCGUUUUACGUGACGAAGGCGUGAUGCGUUUCGUCAAAUACCUCGGUGCUAGUGCCGGCGGCAGCCGUUGGGACAUUGCCGCUGAGUACACGGUAGGCGCUGCUGAGAUGGAAGAGGACGAAGCUUCUGCGUAA